AUGUUCCCUUCAGGUCGCUCCCGAGUGUUGUUGAAUCAAGAUGGUGAAGCCAAUUUCAAAGUGCAUGUGAAGAAUGAACCACAGGAAUCUCCGGUUUCCAUCGCCAAAAGCAUGGACAGCUUUGAGGACGAUGAUGAAAUUCCUGUUAUUAAGACGAAGAUUAAAAUUAUGAACAGAAGUUCUAAAGGUGGUUCUUUGGUGCUACCAACUUUUGAAGAAGGGGAUCAAUUUGAUCCAUUUAUCCUUCCAGUGAAUACGGAGAAGAAUACGGAUGAGAGAACGUUGGAAUCUUACAAUGGAAGACUGGGUGGAAUAUUUUCUGAGAGAAAUCGACAGACUCCUUCUCGUCUGUCCAAGAGCAAUGAUUGCCCGGAUUAUCGAUUGCCCGAGGAACAAAUCGAUCUGCUGCUGCAAGUUUUGGCUGAUUAG